UUCUGGCGAUGGGGGCGGAGUGAGGUUUUUUUUUGCAGACUGUAAACUUUGUAGGAUUGGUCCCAGAUUUCACCCAGGCCGUGCAAAUAAGUAACCACCGUCCGAAUAAAACUCACUCCGCGUUCACUGGGAAACCUCAUAGUCGGACAGGAUUGAGUGCGAUGGCUGCAAGAAUUGAGAAAUCUGCUUUUCAUGUCCCAGACUUGGACGAGGUUUGUCGAGUGUUGCAGGAUGGACUGAAGAAAAACUUUGCAAAUGUUCAGGUGUGUGUGGUGGACUGCCCAGACCUCACACAGGAGCCAUUCACUUUUGCUGCUGCAGGUACAUUUUAAACACUAUUGCUUUGAAGUCCCUGAAAGGAUUGGUGUUAUUCAUGGAGUCGGAGGUGUAGUAUAUUCCAGUGUCAAGGACCGGGUAAAUGGGAUAUGUGGGAAACCUCGCAUAGCAGAUGUGGGAGGAGUUCCUUAUCUUCUACCACUUCCACAAACUGAAAAGAUCUAUAACCUCAAUGUUGUUGCUAAGGAAGUGGAACUGUCCGGUGGUUUCAUCCUUGGAGCAGGAGCAGCAUCAUUUAAAGCUAUGGGUGUGAUUGCAGAGCUUAUGCCUAAUGUCUCAACCAAAGGAAAUGGUAAACCUGAGGUGAAUCACAGCUAUAGUGCCAAAAUAGACCCUGCUACAGGUGGGUGUGUUCUUGAGAAAUAUGGCGAAACGUACAAGACCUGUGAUUUUGCACUGCUAGCAAACUUGUUCAUCAGUGAAGGAAAGCCAGGAAAGGUUGUUCAAGUAAGAAGCAGCAGAAGAACUGGACAGAGUAACUUUGUGAGCUGUAUGAGGGACACCCUUGAACAGCAUUAUGGAGAUAAGCCUGUAGGAAUGGGAGGGACUUUCCUCAUUCAAACAGGCAAAGCUAAACUUCAUGUUAUGCCAGAGUUUUCUGCCUGUCCUUUGAACAGCAACGAGGCUGUAAACAACUGGCUGAAGUUCUUUGACAUGAGUGCUCCUCUCGUCUGCCAGUCAGUAUUUGUGUCCUGCGAUCUGGGAUUUGACCUACGAUUGGAGCACACCCAUUGCUUCAGCCAUCAUGGAGAAGGUGGACACUAUCACUACGAUACUACUCCAGACAAUGUGGAAUACCUGGGCUACUUUGUACCAGCAGAACACCUUUAUCGCAUUGAUCGUCCUGAGAACACUCUCAAAAUAGGACGUGAUUAGUCGCACAUAAUCACAGGUAUUUGUGAAAUUCAUGCAUCCCUUAAAGGACUGAUAAUAUCAGGACUGCAUCAUACCAGAUGACUGUUCUUUCUACUUUACCACGAACAGUAGAGACAUCGAAACUCAAUGGUUGAUGGACAACUCUGAAAUCAAUCUCAAUGACCUUUGGUUGUAUUGUGAUGGCUCUUCAUUCCAAACAUAAAGACUGGCUGCCUCAAAUUCUUAGGAGGUGGAAAGCCAAAACGGAGGACGUUACUUGUACAAAAUACCAUCAUAUUUGGAAAAUGACUAUGAUUGGGCCACAUGUGUAAUACAUCAGUGUUUCUUAAAUUGUUCAAAAAUGAUGGCUGAUUGUACUCUGAAGCUAGCGUACAUCCAUGCAGCCAGAGUUUUAAACAGCUGUACCAUGAAUGCGAGUGAAGGGCUCUCCACCACUGAGACAAUUCAACUUCAAGAAGUCUUGUAGCUUACUGAGAACCUCCUGCUUUUACAAGACCUCUCGUCUAGUUAAAUCAUCCAUUCAUGUCGGAGAUUGCAGACCUGCUAAGAAAGAUGAGAAAUAAUUCCGGAUGAAAUUGUAUUUUUGUUUUCUUCGUUGUAUAAUCUUUGUAUAAGUGCAUGAGAUGGCACAAUUUAAACCUAUGAGGCACGUGUGUGAUAAUAAAUAAUCUUCAUUUUUAAAUUCACAAAA